GCUCCACCACCUCUCUUCAAGACCACGAUGGACCAGGAGACGACCGAGGCCGCUCUCAAUAUCCUGGGCAUCAGCUUAGACCGUAAAGAGGUGAAGUCCCUGGCUGAGAACCUUCCGCUGCCGUGGAAGGAGUGGUGGUCACAUGUAUGUAAGCUCAAGUCUGUGAGCCAAUGGCAGUCCAAGCUACGCAGCUUCGACUCUGAAGCGGAGACCUGGAUCCUUGAUGUGAAAUCUUAUACGACGAUUGGUAACAAGAUCUACCAGUACCUCGACAGCGACGGCGAGUGGAGUGAGACGGCGCUUCAGGAUACCCCACCCUGA